AACACAUCUUUACUGAAAACUAAAUAAUUUAUAGAUGACAGAAAUUCACUGUCUGGUGUUUGCCUCACUAAAUGAAACCACUGUAUUUCAUUUUUUACAUUAGGAAGAUUUACUACAACGUUAAACCUAAUUAUUCACCCCAUUACUUUGAAUUACGUUUUACUUUUUGCUGUAAGUAGAGGAUUCAAUUUCUUACAUUCUUUAGUUCUAAUAUGUGUAAAUAUGUUUGAGAAGAGUUAUGCACAGACAGACUUUUAGUUCAAGAAUCUAUUUUUCCAGACACAAGGUUCGGUCAACAAAUUUAGAACUGGAACGGUUCAAAACCACAUUAAUUAACAGCUGCAAUUAGCUUACAAGCAACAAACAUCACAUAAGAAGCAUGUUUACUCAGAAAAUUAAUGUCAUCUGAAAAUUAGAAUCUAAUGAAAGCUUUAUGGUCACUGCAGGAGACAAGGUACUGUAAUUUUUCGACAAGGUUGGUAACAAAUAAAAUUAGCCUUCUGACGAAUGAUCAGACAAGAUUCUGAAAACUAGGGUCAUGUUUGAAUGUAACAGACUGCAUAUCGACUGAACACAACAUCAAAAUCCAACAAGCUUGAAAUCUGUUGAUACUACUAAACCCUGUGUUGGGAUAAUUAGAUUUUCAACUAAAAAUCGGUCUUCAAAUGAUUCUAAUAUCUACGCUUAUUACAAAACUUUGAAUAAGAAUCAAAUUGAGGUGGGUUACUAGGUCCAAACUAAAAAAAAUAAAUUUAAAAGCGCACCAGCUACAAAUGCUAGGUAAGUCAGGUUCAAAUGAUUGGUUACCUAGUCCUUCGAUUUGAUUGAUUCCUACCUUAUUUCUCUUUUUUUUCUUCGUGAACAUAUUUCGAUUAUGAAUGUUUUAGAUUUUGAAGUAAAUCUUCAGUGGAAUAUAAUCUCUAUAGGAUCUUUUUUUAACUCAGUGGCAUACAUUCAAUUUGGCUCAAGGCAUAUCUUUUCAGUGACUUAUCAUUAGGUUUGACCUCACAUCAACGAAUAGAUUUGUAAUGCUUUCCUGUGAUACUGUCGUAUUCCUAAUUAUACGUUCAUCUUUCUAAUUUUACACAUUAUACUUAUUAACAGAUAUUGUUACUAUCAUCAUCACUAUCACAAUUACCACGACACAACAAUUUCUACUUUUUACAUACGAUUUUAAUUUGUUAAUUAAGACUCAUUACCUUAGGCCAUGUAAUUUCUAUGACUUUUUCUUGUGUAACUUUUUUAACCUUACUAAUUAAGCAUCAUCAUCACGAAGCGAUCAGUAUAUGUUCGAAUGAACUUCUCGAAUUCGUUUAUAUAUUCUCAGGCUAAUCCAAUGUUAUUCUGCCUGACUGCUUACUGUAACCGUUUGAUUCUAGUUAUAUUAUAAGCGUGUUUUAUUGAUGUUAAGUCGAAUUUCAUGAACAUGUUUAAAUAAUUCCUUAAGUGGUUAAGAAUUAUGCCAGUGAUUUUCUAUGUUUAUGCUUCUUGUGUUUCAGUUUACUAGUGCUCUAGAUUACUGUCUAUCUUUUUAUUUUAUAGAUUUUUCCCACAAUAAUGUUUGACUGGUAGGAUGUUCUCAUGAACUGUUCUUUACCAGCUAGCUGAACCUUAUCAAAUCUUUUAUCCGAACCACUCCAUUAAUAUGUCCAGUUUCUUGCAUAAAGUUUUUAGCAAUUAUAGCUGUUCCGAUGGAUUUUACGUGAACAGAGAAGGCUGUAAAAUGUUGUUUAUCGAACUUUAUGGAAGGAAACCGAAUAAGGAAGAGAUGAAAUGUAUUUUAUCAUUUUUUGAAUCAAAUCCCGAUGGUGAGCCAAUUGGCCUAACAUUUUCCGGUUUUCUUUCUUCUAUCCAAAUGCUUCAGAAACAUUUUCAGAAUAACCUUCCACAUAUUGAUAAACACAACAGAUUAUCAUUUGAUUGUUUAGAUCUAGAUUCAAAGGACUUUGUUGUGAUAAAUGAUUUACACAAAAUAUGGAGUAGAUACUUACCAUCUUUACCAUCUGGUCUACUGCGUACUGUUUUCAGAGAGUUUGACCAAGAUUGUGACGGUCGAGUUUCAUAUGAAGAUUAUCUACAUACUACAAAGUCUUGUAGUAAUAUGUAA